AUGUCAGAUAAUCACUUCAGCAUUGGUCCGUGGCUGUCUUACCUUCGUAGCGCUGCCAAUGAAGGUGAGACGAACAACGGCAACAACAACCUCACUGGCGGCAGCGGCAGCGGCAGGGGCAGCGGCAACGACAACGACAACGACAACGGCAACGGCAGCGGCGGCGGUAGCGGCGGUAGCGGCGGCGACAGCAGCGACAUGCGCAACGAUGACACUCAGCUUCAUAUCACGAAGAGCGCCGUUGCCAUAGAGUUGGAGAAGGUCAAACAGCGCAACAAUGAGCUCAAACAACAGAACACCGGGCUUAAAAAGCACAACACCGAGAUUAAGCGCUCGAAGGAGAACCUCAAGCGCAAGAACUGGGCGUUGCAGCGCAGGAAUGUGGAUCUUCAGCGGAGGAAUAGGGAGCUCGAGGAAAGAGACGAGGCGCUGCGUGAGGAGCUUCGGAGGCUUAGGAGGCAUGUUUUAGAGAGCUAG